CGUGUCGACUUCCAACCACUUCCCGGAAAACCAAAGCAUUAAGAAGAGAAACCCUAGAAAAAGCAAGAAGAGAAGGAAACCCUAGUUUUGGGAUCGAAUUCGGCGUCAAGAAGAGGAUUGUUGUUGAGAUUUUGAGGAUUGAGAUUGAGAUCAAGAUGGUGGCUGGGCCGAACUUGGUUCAUCAGAGCAUGGCGGUUCUUGAUGUGCAGUAUCGGUGUGUCGCGAAGGGCGCUGAGGAGAUGGUUGAUAUCUCAACGGCGGCGACGGCGACGGCGACGGCGACGGCGACGGCGGCGACGGUGGUGGUGACGCCGCCUGGUUCUCCGGUUUUCCGUCCGGCGUCAGAGUUGGAUAUGAGAGAGUCAGAUGCUAUUCCAGAUGUGGCUUUGGAGGUGAAUGUUCUUCCAUUUGUGCCGAGCAUCCGUUCCGGUAGCUAUACGGAUAUUGGACCUCGGAGAUUCAUGGAAGACGAGCAUAUUUGUAUCGAUGAUCUCUCGGCGCAUAUGGGUUCAUUGUUCAAGUGUCCUGCACCUAGUGCCUUCUAUGGGGUGUUUGAUGGUCAUGGAGGCCCGGAUGCAGCUGCCUUCAUAAGAAGGCAUGCAAUCAGGUUCUUCUUUGAAGACACAGGCUUCCCGCAAUCAUCGCAGGUUGAUGAUGUCUUUUUGGAGGGUGUUGAGAACUCUGUGCGGAAGGCAUACCUUGUCGCUGAUCUAGCUUUGGCUGAUGAGUGCACUGUUAGUAAAUCAUCUGGGACUACGGUGCUCACCGCAUUAGUGCUUGGAAGGCUUUUGUUGGUUGCUAACGCAGGGGAUUGUCGAGCAGUCCUUUGUCGGAAAGGUGAAGCCGUGGACAUGUCACAAGAUCACAGACCCAUUCAUGCUGCCGAGCACCAGAGGGUCCUGGAAUCCGGGGGUUACAUUGAUGACGGGUACCUGAAUGGUGUUCUUUCUGUAAGCCGAGCCCUUGGUGACUGGGACUUAAAGCUGCCUCCGGGCACCCCCUCACCGCUCAUCGCAGAGCCCGAGUUCAGGCAACAAUUACUCACUGAGGAUGACGAGUUUCUAAUCAUCGGGUGUGAUGGUAUCUGGGAUGUCAUGUCAAGCCAACACGCUGUCAGCAUUGUACGCAAAGGCCUUCGGCGGCAUGAUAAUCCCGAACAAUGUGCGAGAGAACUCGUCAUGGAGGCUCUGAGGCUCAACACUUUCGACAACCUCACGGUGAUCAUUAUAUGCUUCACUAGCGAGCAACAGGAUUCUUCCCCAUCGCACAAUCGCAGGGAGGCACCGGUGUUACGGUGCUGUAGCCUCUCUACCGAGGCAUUAUGCAAUCUGAGGAGCUGGCUCGACAUUGAUCGGGGCGAUUAAAUAGAGACAUUGUCAUGUGUGUAACUUGUGUUGUACAUAAUGUACUGAUAAUAAGUCGACGUUGUUUCGUUUCUUCGGCUGCUUGUCAGCAGUCUCCAGUUUUGUAGGAGUGUUAUAUCAUGUCUUUGUUGUUCCUUGAGUAUUUGUUCAUGGCUGUGUAGAGAUUGUUUAACAUUAUUAUGUCUUUUAUCAUUAUUUCUUCCA